GGACUGGUGAAAGAUCUACGCUCUUCGUCGAGAUCGUUUUGCACCUAUGGCUCCAGUAGCACUCCGUAUACGUUCUACCACGUACCUGAAGCAGAAUUCAGCGCGACACAGCUCAACAAUCUGGUGCUCGACAUGCGAGGCGCCCAAGUAGCUGGAGACAUUACAUCCGUGGCGCAAGACGGAGGCCCAAAAUUCAAAUAUAAACCGCACUCGGUCUUCUGCAGUUGUGACGAUCCUCAAGAUGCACCGCAUGGAGCACCAAACAUUUGGAUAAAUCUCCUCGCUGGAGCCCCGACCACCGACUACUUUGUGUGUGAGAGUUCAUCAUCGUCAGAGAUGACUAACACCACAUUGAUCCUAGAUCGGGCAGUUGUCGUCGCUCGGAGAGACGACCACAACCCAUUUUUCCAGAUAUCGGGCAUCCUCAACGCGUGGAUCAUGAUGAAGGUGCUUGGCUGGGACAGCAGCUCCACACAACUCGUGACACUUGAUCGAGCGCUGCCAUCGCCCGUCGAUGAACUACGACAUGUCAUGCUAGGGCCCGACCGUCCAAUAGUCGGCGGUGACGAGCUUCAACAGCAUUUCGUGCGCAUUGAGACGGCGUUGUUGGCUCCGUACGAGGCGCGAGGACCGAUGAUGAGCCACUUCAACGACGAUCAACCUUGUCACGCCAACGAAAUGAUCAAAAACUUUCGAGACGAAGCUCUUCGAAGCAUGGACGUUGUCUCGCACAAGACCGAUCCGAAGCGAUGGCUGGUUACCGUCAUCUCGCGAAGCCCCUACAGCGGUCGGCGGAUCCAGCGGAUGUGGCGGAACGAGGACGACAUCCUGAACCUCAUGCGCUCGGAAUACAGAGACGCCUAUCGAUUCGGGGAGUGCGAGUUCCAGUCGCUCGACUUUGUCAACAUGACCAUGCGCGACCAGAUGCAGACGAUGGUGGAGAGUGACGUCGUCAUCGGCAUGCACGGCGCCGGGAUGGUCAACGUCAUGUGGACUCGACCUGAGACUCUCGUUGUCGAGAUCUUCCCUCGGUUUCGGCGGCGAUGGGGGUAUCGGAACCUGUGCCAGUAUCUCGGGUGCUCGUGGCAUGAAUUUCGUGAAGGAUCAGACUUAUUCGUCCGCAUCACAGACCCAAACGACAUGGACAAGUUUGUUCCCUAUCACGACUGGAAAAGAUUCUUCGACCCGCACUUCCGUGAGACCGUUGCGAAACUCGAGACGAAGAUUGAAGCGACAUAG